UAUGAGCACUGUGUGUAAAUGCUGUGAAUGUGUGUAACAUGACUUAGUCAAUUUAAUACAUACAAUUCAAACUGUAUGGGAAUAUAGUGAAAAAACAAAAAAAAAUUAUAAUAAUUGACUUGCAUUAGUCAAGCCGGUCAAGUUUUCCAACAAUUUCUAAGUAAUAGUUUCAUUCGAGUGGAGUAACGAAAGUAAAAUGCCCCAAUACACAGUUAAAGUCAAAUGGGGAAAGGAGAUGUUUCCAAAUGUCGAGGUGAAUACCGAUGAGGAGCCAAUGUUGUUCAAAGCUCAAUUAUUUGCACUGACUGGAGUGCAACCUGAGAGGCAAAAAGUUAUGCUAAAGGGAAUGACACUGAAAGAUGACGAUUGGGGAAAUAUAAAAUUGAAAGAUGGGGUAACAGUAUUGAUGAUGGGUUCAAAGGAGGAAGACAUGCCAGUUGAGCCAAUCGAGAAGCCCAUAUUCGUUGAGGAUAUGAAUGAGGCAGAGAUAGCAACUGCAUUGGAGUUGCCCGCGGGUUUAACGAAUCUUGGCAAUACUUGUUAUCUAAAUGCCACCGUUCAGUGUCUCAAAACAGUUGCACCACUUCGUGAAGCAUUGAAAAGUUUCCCCGGGGGACUUGCCACUGUUGGAGGGAGUUCUGGUCCAUCAUUAGUGCCAGCCCAGAGCAUAACAGCAUCCCUCAGGGAUCUUUAUGAGGGAAUGGAUAAGGGGGCAUCACUUCGACCCAUUGUUCUCGUUCAAAUGAUGCAUUUAGCAUUUCCAAGAUUUGCUGAGAAAUCAGAGCACGGGGGUUUUCAACAGCAGGAUGCCAAUGAGUGCUGGACUGAACUUGUGAGAAUGUUGCAGCAGAAAUUACCGGCUGAGGCUAAUCCAAAUGACGGUGAAAAUGCUUCCAAAGCAAGAUCUAUUAUUGAACAAUAUUUUGGAGGGACUUUUGAUACAGAAUUAAAAUGUGUUGAGACUGAGGAUGAGGAACCAACUAAAGGAAAAGAGGAUUUUUUGCAAUUGAGCUGUUUCAUCUCGACCGAUGUCAAGUACAUGCAUUCAGGUUUGAGGAACAAAUUGCAAGAGCAGCUUACGAAAAUGUCAUCGACACUUGGAAGGGACGCUGUUUAUACAAAAACUUCGAAAAUUAGUAGAUUGCCAGCUUACCUCACUAUUCAAUUUGUCCGUUUCUUUUAUAAAGAAAAGGGAGCAAUAAAUGCCAAGAUACUGAAGGAUGUUAAAUUCCCAAUGGAAUUUGAUGCCUACGAUCUUUGCACUUCAGAACUCCAAGCUAAAUUACUGCCAAUGCGUGAGAAAUUCAAGGCCCUUGAGGAUAAAAAAGUGGAAGAGGCACAAAGUUUGAGAGAUAAAAAGGGAAAAGGACAGAAUGAAUCGGAGGAGAAUGUGAAGAAGGAGGAACCUUUCUGGUUUGCUGAUGAUUUGGGCUCGAAUAACAGUGGUUAUUACACACUCCAAGCAGUACUUACACACAGAGGCCGUUCAAGCAGCAGCGGUCAUUAUGUCGCAUGGGUGCGUCAAAAAGGUAACACAUGGAUUAAAUGUGACGACGAGACUGUCAGUGUCGUAACCGACGAGGAAAUAUUAAAACUCAGUGGAGGUGGUGAUUGGCAUUGCGCUUACGUUCUUCUUUAUGGACCGAAAAUUCUUCAAGUGCCAAUUGAGACUGAGGAAGGCAGCAAGACACAAUAACUCAAAAGGAAACCAAUGAUAUACCGUUGAGAAAUUGAAAUUCAUAACGAGCCACUGGAAAAUAAAAAAAAAGAAAAAUCGGCUUUUGCAUACCGAUCAUUCACCUAAUAUUACUAUUGAGCUCGUUGAGAUAAUUUUUUCCUUUCAUGAAGAGGAGAAUAAAUGAUUUCUCUCGGAAUUUCGGUGGCUGUGUGAGCGCGAAAAUGAUGAGUCCAAUCGACUAAUAUAAUUUACAACAUUAUUAUUAUUAUUAUUAUUAUUAUUUUUCAACGACUCGAUUUUAUCAAUGGAUGUGUUCCUUUGUAAUAUUAAAGAAAAAAAAUGACAAGCAAAA